UUCGAAGAACUAGAAAAAUGGUAAUAAAGUUUAAUGCAAAAAUGUAAUGAGGAAUAGAGGACGGACAUACAAGUUUCCAAACGAAUGAGAAUUGGCGAAAAACGUGAGAAAAUAGAAUAAAAAGGGGGGGAAUUGGCGUUAACGCCGAACGAGAGAAAAUCUACCAGGGAUACGAGAAUUCGAAGGCGCGCGGAGCACCGUAGUUAAAUUUAGUUCAUUAACAUGAGACACUAUUUCCAGUUUAAAGUUAGCUCAGUUCUAGCCCAGACCAGUGUUCUAGGGACUGUCCUUAGACCGUAUCCGAAUGACUCGCUACUCGAAUUUGACUUAAUUUUGAGGGGAAAACAGAAAGGGAAGGACGAGAAGUGAAGAGAAAUAAAAGUUGGAUUGUUGCGAGUAAUAAAGUACGAAAUGCCACCCUCGAAAUCAAACAAGGAAGAAACCGACGAUAGCAAAACGUGGGAGUUGAUCGAACGAUGUUUUUUGCCAGUCGCAUUCUCUCACGCUGUAGCCGUUAUCCUCGGGACUGUUUUAAAUACCUUGAGGAUUUCUCAAACCUCCAGUUUUCUUCUAUUUCUCAUUUUUGUCUUCGUUUCCGUCGGCGUUACAUUGUUUUACCACAAUUUGAAGGUAACAACCGCUGGAAAAGCGGUACUUGUAACGGGUUGUGAAUCACGAGUCGGUUAUUCUUUAGCGAAACGUCUCGAUGAACUAGGGUUUACGGUCUUCGCUGGAUUUAAUAAUAUAUCAACGAACGAGGAGAAUCUCGAAACAUUGAAGAAGAAUGGAUCCGGUAGAUUGCAUCCGUUGCAGCUUGACAUUACGAGCGAACGUGAAAUCCACUCAGCAUUCUUGUACGUCAAUGAAAAUCUCCCGGAAGAAGCCCCAGGACUAUGGGCGAUAGUACACUCCGCAGCUUGGGUUGCGCUAGGAGAAUGCGAAUGGGUUCCUCAAUCUGUACUGAAACGAACCGUCGAUAUUAAUUUUCUCAGCGUAGCUCGUGUGACUCAGGUUUUCCUUCCAUUAAUUCGACGUUCCAAAGGCCGAAUAAUAUUGGUAUCCAGUAUUCUAGCUCGUAUACCCAGUCCAGUACGUGGCAUUCAAUGUGCACUCGGUGCUGCCAUAGAAGCUUGGGGAUCUUGUUUGAGACUGGAAAUGCGCAGAUGGGGAGUGGAUGUUUCGAUAGUAGAAACAGGUGAAUACGUCACAGGCAAUGCUUGGCUCAAAGACAAUGCCGCACUGUUGAACCAAGCGAGAGAAAUGUGGAUACAGUUGGAUCCUCGUACUCGCAAGGAGUAUGGCCAAGAAUUAUUCCAGAAGGAAAUGCUGGCCCUGGAGAAAUAUACCAAAGGGCCUGAGGCUGAUUUGACAUUUGUCCUCCGUGCACUUGUUGAUGGGGUGACUAAAACAUUUCCGAUGAAGAGGUACACUCCGAUAAGUCGUCAAGAGCGUUUGCAGGCAUUUGUCAGUGAUCAUUUACCAAAAUCUGUUUAUGACAUUCUUUACAGUGAUUAAUCUUGUCAGCUUCGAGUACUAGCUACUCUUUGUUCAUUAGCAUACACAACCAAGUGCUAACCAAACACACAGCCCAAACUUUAUUACAAAGACACAAAUGGUUUUCUGACUAUGAGAUUGAAUAUUCCACCAAACAUUCGAAACUGUACACACGUUCAACGUUUUUUCUAACACUUCAUUCAAUUGCCUCAAAAAAUUAACGACUUUGGACAAAUUUCAAUCGCAAAAAAUCAUGUGGAUUUGAUGGGAGAAUUAUUAAAUUUUUCAGGCCCAUUGUUUUUCAAAAUUCACUCUUUACAGGGACACUUAUCCUCAAAAAUGACAGAAGAAUACUCUACUAUUUUUAGUACAGAGCACGAGAAAUUUGUUUUGUAUGUUACGUUUUGGUUUUUAUAUGGGGAACAUCGUCUUUUGAAAAGUAUUUGUAGAAAUUUUUUUCGAGGCUACUUUCUCUGUUUGAGAUUAUUAUUAUAAAAUUUUGCGAAGAAAUGGUGAAACAACUGUCAGAGAAUAGCUUAAAUAGAUAUAUAUUACAGAACAAAGUGCAUAAUCUACUUGUGAGAAAAAGAAAGACUCAAAAUGAGAUAUGUAAAUAUAAAUAUAUAUAUGAAAACAAGUGUGAUUUUCGUAAUGAUGUAUACCAACGGUAUGUCUUUAGAAAAAAGUCCCAGAGUGUAUUGUCAGCGAAUUCAGACACGUCUAAUUUCGUUGGUAUUGUCUGCAAUAUAGAUGCGAUUCAGGAAUUCAAAUAAAAAUUUAAUAGACAAAUGCGUUAUAUUAUAAUUACUGUAAAUUACCAUUGUCAAUAUUACAUGUACCAUGCGCUUAUUAACGAUUUUGAUGAUAACGCCCAGAAUAACACAAUGAGAAGGAUGACGAAAAAUUGACAAAAGUGACAGUAGUAUACGAUGAUGAAGAAUUAAUGUAAUACGGGAUUUAAUAACAUUUUUAGUUUUACUGCGAAAUACGAAAAUUCUCGAAAAUUGUAUAAAAUAUAGCCUCCGUCACCUCCGUAUCGGAAUUCGUUGCUAGGGGAGAGUGCACGCGGGAGACUCCGACGAAGCUCGCACAAUCGUUCGGCGCACGCGCUGAAUAAUUUGCAAUUCGAGCAGCUGAUACCUUCACUUUAUAACCUUACUUUUUAUGUGCUCGCCGACGGAUCUAUUUCGAUAUUUACUGCAAAUACAUCUGUAAUGGCAUUCACUGAUCUGACUCUGACAGUGAAUAGUGUACUCUACGACUCUUGAAGUCAGGGAAUCUCUGGAAGGUUAUUGUCAUAAUUAUUUUUAAAGAUUCGGCAGAUACCGUAUCAAUGUAUAUGUUUCGACCACUUUCGACGGCUCAUAGAAGACAGAAGACAUGCUGAUGUUAUUUUAAAUGAGGGUCGAUCUGCUUCUUUUCCAUUCAAUAGAAAACAAUUGUUUUAUCAUUUCGCUUAUCACGGAAUUGGAUUGAUGUUCAAUUUGAAAAGUAACCUCCAAUCGUACAUUAUCAUUGUUAGCGAUAUUGAUUGCAUUCUUAGCGUUCGAUUUUUCGUUAUGCGAUUUUUUUGCAAAGGGAUAUGUUCGCAUUAUUUGCAGACGCUAGAGCGAAAUAGAAAACGAAUGUCGUGAAUAUAAUUUGGCGGAUCGCGGUAGCGACUUGAGCGACAUUUAUCAACGAGAAAGUUCGCUCCAAUAGUACUGGAGAAACCACGUUCUCAACCGUUUUUUAGUGAUUUCUAAUCAAAAAUCGAACAAGACAAAGAGUGCCUAUCAAAUGUCAAUAUUGGUUUCAGAAUUAAAUUAUGUUCCAUUAUAGAAGCUUAGGGUCAAAAUUCCAAAGUAUAUAUGUGAUCACGGUGUAUUCAAAUGCAUAAUUGAAAAAAUGUAUGAACUUCAAAAUAAUAAACGAAAAAAGUAAUCAUUAUCAAAUAACUCUAUACAUGGAAUUUCUCAUUUUCAACGGUGCUGAGUUGACCCCUUGGAGGAAUUUUGACGAGCAUUCGAGCUCGCUCAACCAGUUCAUCAGAUGAUAAUAAUCAAUGCGAUGAUCCAGCGUCUGUUUAAUGUUUGAUCAGCAUACUGAUAAUUAACAUUUACACGAUCUUCACGAAUGUAGGAAAAUUAUAUUUUCUUUUUUAUACUAUGUUUAGGCACCCGAUUUGGUUAACACUUUCUGAUGUUUCCAGCAAAAUUGCUAUCCACUAUAUAUAUGUUGUGUGCCACUCUACCAUUCAUUUCGACGCUCCUAUAUUUUUAUCAAUUGUUUUCUUUACAGAAACUUACAUCAAUAAACAAUUCUACCAUAUUUGAAGAAACUUUUUUUCACAUUUAUCUAUAUUGUUAUCAAUAGAUUGACCUUGAAAAUUUCACGAUGAAAAAGAUGAUGAAACCGUUGAAAAGUUUUUCAACAAAAUACGUUGGUCUUUGUACGGAGCAUGUCGUUUCGAAAUGAGGUGUACACGAAACGUGAUGUUUUGUAAAUUUUCAAAACAAGUAAGACAUUAUUGUUGUUUCUUUCUCCAAUGCCUCGUAUAUAAAAGAUCGGUGAAUUGAGUUACGAGUAUACGCAGCAGUCUCAACGAUCACCGCAUCUCGCAGAGCUCGAGCAAAAACAGAUUUAUAAUAAUAGCUGCCAAAUUCUUGCUGAUUGUUGCUGUGGUGUUAGUAGCAGUGAUGUUGGAUGUCACUUCCUCGAAUCCUGUUGCAGGGCAAGUUGUAAACAAUGGCGAGCUCGACGUGGAAGGUCUUCACGAAAAAAUGUUAUCAUCCGCCGAAGCCAAUAAAAGAGUUGUUCGGGAAUCGCAAGCCGCAUGUUGGAAGAUCAAAGGAAAAAGUAAUAAGAAAGCUUCAGCUUCGAAGGAAUCGUCAUCGUCAGACAAAAAGGCCCCCGCGGAGGAAAAAAGCGAAGGACGGGGAAAAAUCCCCAAGAACGAAUUCGGAGGAUCCGCGACAUCCACGGAUUUACCAGUGGUUAUAUUGAACAAAAGUACAAAAGAAUCGUUAUUAUAGCGCCAUAGCGAUGUGCGCACAACUAUUCAUAUUAACUAUUAACAAGUGACCUUUGUUUUACUAUCGAGCUCUACUAGUUUUAAACACUAUUAUAUUAUUACUGCUAUUGCCACUAUACUAUAAUACCGACCAUUAUACUAUCGAUAUCGAACACUAUAAAUAAGAUGGAUGGUCACAAACCCAAGCUCAUCUCGAAUUUUCGAAGCACUAAUUCGUCGUCACGGUUUGACCGGUUAUGAAAAAGCUCGCUCGACCCACGCAAGAUAUGAUGGCAUUAAUGGGCUGACGGAGCCUUUUUUUAACUGGUUAAACUAUUAAUGUGUCGAAGAAGAAUCUCUCUCUCUCUCUCUCUCUCUCGUUCUCUGACACUUGCAGCGGCAAAGUACGGACUGAUGGACUAAUCCAUACUUUCAAAAAAAAUGUAGAGUCCGUCGCAAUACAGAUUACAAUACCUUAUAUUCUAUCUUCGAACCAGUCUGCUAAACUGGUAUACAUGCAUAUAUCAUCAAGGGUUCAUAUAUUAUAAGCCAACCCUGUGUAUGAAUGUGUCUGUAUUUUCAUCUAGUAAAUAAAUACUUAUAGGCAUA